UCCAAGGUCCCUUCCAACUACUACUACUACUUCGUUAUAUUAUUAUUAUUUUAUUAUCAUUAUCAUCAUUAUUGUAGCAGUCUUCAUUUGUACCCUUAAUACAUGAGGAGUGGAUUUAAAAAUCCAUGGAAAGAAGAUGGAAAAGAACUCUUCUGCAAGAAUUCAGAUAAUUUGCAAAUAGUAGUAGUCUGGUAGCACUUCUUCAGACUAACACAUUUUAUUAAAGGGCAGAAAUUUUCAUCCUUUUCCAAAAAUUUCUUAGUCUCAAAAGGUACUUUCAGACUUGAUUUUUGAAUACCAUAGAUCAGACAUGUCAAACUCAUGACGGGACUGUUUUGCCAUUGCCAGCAAUGGGGUGGGCAUGGCUUCCGCGUGACGCAUCUGGCCCACGGGCUGGCAGUUUCACACCCCUGCCAUAGAUUAAUAGUCCCCAACUUUUGUGGCGCCACAGACCGACAGCAAUGGUAGGGAGGGAAGAGGGAUGGGGACUCUUGCCAUAGAUUAAUAGUUAUCCCACUAUGGUUUGUAAUAUUGGGGUGUGUGAACAGGAGUGCUGAUUUACCACUAGCCUAUCAAAUACUUAGAAGGUGAGGGCUGGGCAGCAUAAGCUAAAUGGCUUAAAAGCCAGUCAACACACCCCAAUCAACAUCUAAAAAGCCACAUACAACUGGCACUAUACCACACACAGAACAGCAUACACUGCUAGAGAGAAGUUCUCUGAAGAUGGGCUCCAGCACAAGUCCAAAAUUAUAUUAUAAUUCACUGACAGCUGUUGGAUCUUUGAGGUUAUAAACUUACAACCAUAUUUCUCUCAACCCUGGCCCAAGGGGUUGUGUUGCUAAAAUAUUAUUUUUGUAUUUUGGUCUGUAUGUGCAAUUUUGAGAUUAAGUGUUAUAAAAGACUGGGAGGUUUAAUAGAGUCAUCACGAGUUCCUGCCAUCCUAACUUUCAGCUGGAAUUGCCAGGUAUCAUGGCUUAGGCGUAAGAUCAACAUUGCAUGCUUUUCUUGAGGCAGCUUCAGCGGUGGGAUUCAAAUAUGUGAACAACUGGUUCUCUGUGUGGAUGCCACUUCCGGAAGUCCAUUCUGGGCCUGGCCAACAAAAAAAUUAACUACCAGUUCUGCCGAACUGGCUGAAUCCCACCACUAGGCAGAUUUCCUGUGCUUUUAAAGGUGGGUGCUUAAAAAGGGAAGCAGAGAUGGGAGAUACUGCUCCAAGGUAGAUGAAUGUCAAAACUAGGCUGCAGGGUCUGUGUAUAUAUUUUCCCACUUAGGUCAAUGGCGCCUCUUAAAAUGAACUUAAACUGCAGUCAGUUCAAGCGGGUAUGUAAACAGAUUGAGUUCACUUGACCUGCUGGCUGGGGAAUUCUGGAAGUUGACGCCUACACACUCUUAAAAAUUGCUAAGUUGAAAAACUCUCAAAUCCAUUCCGUCCACCGUUCAGAAAAAGCACCUGUCCUCCAACCCCAAACAAUAGCACCUACACAAUCUUUGUGGCAGUCACUCCCUUUCUUCCAGGUGUCUGCUUGCAGCCAGGGUGCCUUCCGGAAUAAUUCCAGCUUCCAUCAUCCCCAGUCAGCUCGGCGGGCAGACCCACUAUAUCUCAAGGUGGCAAGGACGCCCCUUCUCCCAGGUGCUUAUUGCAUCUACUCCAAAAGGGAGCUGGCGGGGACACUUGCAUCCAGAGUCCUUUCUGUGCAGAGGAUGAUUGCAUGUGGAGUCCUUUGCACUGGGAGUCCUUUCUGUGCCAGGACGAUUGUAUCUGGAAUUCUUUCUGUGCCAGGGACGACUGUAUGGGGAAUCCGUUCUGUGCCGGGGACGAUUGCAUGUGGAGUCCUUUCUAUGCCGGGGACGACUGCAUGUGGAGUCCUUUGCAUUGGGAGUCCUUUCUCUAUCGGGGACGAUUGUAUCUCGAAUCCUUUCUGUGCCAAGGACGAUUGCAUGUGGAGUCCUUUCUGUGCCGGAGAUGAUUGUAUCUGUAGUCCUUUCUUGCCGGGGACGAUUGUAUCUGGAGUCCUUUCUGUGCCGGGGACGAUUGUAUCUGGAGUCCUUUCUGUACCGGGCACGAUUGCAUCAGGAGCCUUUUGCAUCUGCAGUCGUUUUUCCGCCUGGGGAUAAUUGCACUGCCCUGAUCAGAGGGUUCCCGGCGCCUCCACCCCUCCGGCCCCAGACCGGGGAGCUUCACAGCCCACGAGCGACACCCAACACCCCGCGCGGGCGGGUAGGCGCGCGCCUGCUCUGCCCCGGAAGUCGCUGCGGCGGCCCAGCUGACGCGAAGAGGAGGCGGCGGCGGCAAGAUGGCGCUGCGGCCGGCGGGGCUGGGGGCCGGGGCCGCCCCCGCCAUGGUGCCGAGCGUCGCGGCCGGGCCGCCGGGGAUGCCGAGUGGAGCGGCGGGAGGCGCCGGAGCAGCGACAGCAGCGGCGGCGGGAAGCCCCGGAUCCGCCAGCUUUGUUUUUCCUGUAGCUGCUGGCCUUGGCCCUCAAGGGAUGAUUCCAAUACAACAACAGAGCUUCCCAAUGGUGCCUGUCAUGCAGCCCAAUAUGCACGGUAUGAUGGGGAUGAAUUACGGUUCUCAGAUGCCUCCCGGAACAAUGACUAUGCAGGGUGGCAUGGCUCUCGGUCCGAUGCCAACGGCGGGAAUGCCAUAUAUGGGACAAAGUCACUUCCUUGGAAUGCGUACAGCAGCUCCUCAGUAUACCCCUGAUAUGCGGAAACAGUUUGUUGAAGAACAGCAGAAACGGUUUGAACACCAGCAGAAGGUUUUGGAGGAAGAAAGAAAAAGGCGUCAGUUUGAAGAGCAGAAGCAAAAGCUACGGCUUUUAAGCAGCGUGAAGCCAAAGAUGGGUGAAAAAAGCAGAGAUGAUGCCCUGGAAGCUAUUAAAGGGAACCUCGAUGGAUUUUCCAGAGAUGCUAAACUCCAUCCCACACCAACUGCUCAUCCCAAAAAUGCAGAUCAUCCCAAACCAUCUCAUUCUACCGUGUCUGUCUCCCAAACUAUCGCCUUUCUUGACGAUGAGGAGUUUAGUGACUUUAUUCAGGGACCUGUCGAAGCCCCACCAUUUGUGCCUCCAACCUCUUCCCAGCCUUUUCAGUCUUGUCGUCCUGCUUCUCAAGCCGGGCAGCGGCUUUCAGAGAAGGCUGUGGCCCACCCUCUCCCUCCAGCCCAGUUUCCUGUAACCUCCGUCCUCCAGGGUGCUGUGGGACCAGUACCCUAUUUCUCUCCUUCUCCAGCUUCACAAAACACUCAGAAAACAGGCUGUUUCUUAGAAGACAAGCCCUUGGCAACUUGCAGGUUGAGUGAAUUUGGGCAAAUCAAACAUAAGGCGCCUGAGGUUGAGCUCAGUGCUGCCGCUUCAGCUGUAAACAGCCCUGGUCCCCAGCUAGCAGCCAGUGGCAGGAAGUCCCUAGGGGCACUUCCCAAGGGAACCCCCUGUCCAGAGGCAAACAAGGCUUCAGACCAAAAGCUGCCAGUUCAAGAGCGCGGUGUUGGAGUUUUUCCUUCACAAGAUCCAAUUCAGCAAAUAAUGCCUCCAUGGAUUUACAAUGAUAAUUUAGUUCCAGAUCUUUAUAAGAAGAUUCUCGAAACCACCAUGACACCAUCCGGGAUAGAUACCGGCAAACUCUAUCCAAUUCUGAUGUCCUCUGGGCUUCCCAGAGAAACUCUUGGACAAAUUUGGGCCUUAGCCAAUCGUACCACUCCAGGGAAGCUGACAAAAGAGGAACUCUACACUGUUUUGGCUAUGAUUGCGCUAACUCAGAGAGGAGUUCCAGCCAUGAGCCCUGAAGGUUUAAACCAGUUUCCUUCUGCUCCCAUCCCUACCUUAAGUGGACUUCAGAUGGCCAUCCCUGUCACAGUGAGCCAACAGCCUUUGAUGCCUCCUGGACCACCGGUUUCCAUGCCUCUUAAUAUAGGACCAACAUUGGUGGGGAUCAACAUGGCGGCACCAGUGGGUGCAGCCACCACACAGGCUUCCAGCAGUUUCAUCCAACCUUUCCCUACAAACCAGGUCCCAAAAACAGAUGAUGAUGACUUCCAAGAAUUCCAAGAUGCCUCCAAGUCAGGGGGACUGGAUGAUACUUUUACCGAUUUUCAAGGGGAAGUGCCUGGAUCCAACAAAAUGUUAGCAGCACAGCAGCGGAGCAGUGCUCCUUCAAUGCUGAUACCCCUUUCAGGUCCCAAAGUGACACCUGCUGUGGAUAAAUAUGCUGUCUUUAAAGGGAUUGCAUCUGACAAGCCUGCUGAAGGUUAUGGAGAUAAAUACAGUGCUUUUCGAGAACUGGAGCAGCCGUUGGAGAGUAAAUCUGUAGGCGAGAGCUUUGCAGAUUUCAAGUCCCCGGGAACAGAUGACAGCUUCACUGACUUCAAGACCGCGGACAGCAUCUCUCCACUAGAACCGCCGAGCAAGGACAAAGCCUUUCCUUCCCCUUUCUCUUCCCUUUCUCUACAGCCCAAACAACAACCCCAAGCAAAGCCUUCUCUGAAUUUGGCAGACCUGGAUCUGUUCUCCUCAGCCUCAACUGGAGAGAGCCAACCUGCUCUCUUUCCAACUGCGUACAGUUCCCCCAAACCAGCAAAUUUUGCUACACCAUCACACCCAACACCGGCCGCCGCCACUCUGCCCAUGCCAGGCAGCAGCUCGGCCCUGGCCAGCGACUUUGCCAACUUCAACCUUUUUGGCGGGUUGUCGAGUUGUCCUCCGGCUCCCACUCAGGACGAAUUUGCAGACUUCAUGGCUUUCAAUAACAGCGCCGUCUCUCUGGAGCAGCAGCUGGAUGAUAAACACAGCGCCCUCAAGCAAGACGCCAACGCUGUUCCCCCUGCUGGCUCCUUAGCCGGUGUCGUCAAGAACGGGCAGAGCCCCGUUGCUGCUUCCAACAAAUACGACAUCUUCAAGCAGCUGUCUCUGGACAGCCCUGGGUUGGGAUUUGAGGAACUAAAAGACCACACUCCUUCCUCGGUGAAAAGCGAAGACGAUUUUGCUGAUUUCCACUCGAGCAAGUUUUCCUCCAGCUCGGAAAAAUCCCUCGUCGACAAACUGGCCGCUUUCAAGCACACCAAGGAGGACUCGGCUUCCGUCAAGUCUCUCGACCUCCCAUCCAUUGGUGGCAGCAGCGUGGGCAAGGAGGAUUCGGAAGACGCCCUCUCUGUCCAGUUUGACAUGAAACUGGCAGAUGUGGGAGGAGACCUUAAGCAUGUCCUGUCUGAUAGCUCUCUGGAUUUACCAACGGUUAGUGGUCAACAUCCACCAGCAGCAGAUCUUGACGACUUGAAGUGUGCCCCGUUUGGAAGUUACAGCAGUGGAUCUCUCCUGAGUAGCUUUCCAAGCUAUGAUUGGUCUGAUAAAGAAGAUGCCUGUCAGAGCAGAAAGUCUAUCCCCUUCUCCCUUCCUGCAGGGAACGGAUCCUCCUUAGCCACCACGGUUCUCCAGAAGAAGGAGACGUUUUUUGGCAGCUCUGAAAACAUCACCGUGACCACCGUUUCCAAGGUAACGACCUUUGCGAACGAGGAUGCUCUCCAAGACGUGAAGUUCUCCUCUUUUGCAAACUUCAGCGAUGCCAGGCCUCGCUCGGUGGACCAAAGCGAGGAUGAAGCGGAAGACUUUGGAGAGUUUGCUCAAACGCUGGAGGAUGGAGGCGAGAGGCUCACCAAAGGCAGAUCUCAAGAGUCCGAUUCAGCCCCUGUCUUCUCAGAAGCUGGGAAAGAAGUCUUUGACGACUUUGGAGAGUUUCAAGGGGAAAAACCCAAGAUCAGCAAAUUUGACUUUUUACUGGCAACUUCCCAAGGGAAAAUGAAAUCCAGUGAAGAAAUGAUCAAAAGUGAGCUGGCCACUUUUGACCUCUCUGUUCAAGGUUCUCACAAAAGGACUCUAAGUUUGGGCUCCUCACCUCUGCCACCUGUGGAGCAGCCUUUCAGAGAUCGAUCAAACACUCUGAGCGAGAAGCCUUCACUGCCAGUCAUCCGAGACAAGUACAGAGAUCUUACUGGGGAAGUAGAGGAAAGUGAGAGAUAUGCCUAUGAAUGGCAGAGAUGCUUGGAAAGUGCGCUGCAGGUCAUCAAGAAAGCAAACGACAUCCUGAACGGAAUCAGCAGUUCUUCUGUAUGUACUGAAGUCAUCCAGUCUGUGCAGGGCAUGGAAUAUUUAUUAGGGGUUGUUGAAGUUUAUCGAGUCACGAAGCGAGUGGAGCUGGGCAUCAAAGCCACCGCCGUCUGCAGUGAGAAACUCCAGCUGCUCCUGAAGGAUAUCGAUAAAGUGUGGAAUAACCUGAUCGGAUUUAUGUCCCUUGCAGCCUUAACGCCUGAUGAAAACUCACUGGAUUUCUCCUCCUGUAUGCUUCGCCCAGGAAUUAAAAAUGCUCAGGAACUGGCCUGUGGGGUGUGCCUCUUAAAUGUGAAUUCAAGGAGCAAGAAAGAAGAAAUGCCUCUGGAAGAACAUCCUAGAGAAGCCUUCAACUCGGAGACGGACAGCUUCAAGCUUGCCUACGGAGGGCAUCAGUACCACGCCAGCUGUGCUAACUUCUGGAUCAAUUGCGUAGAGCCCAAACCUCCAGGCCUUCUGUUGCCCGACCUCCUUUAAGCAGACUGCUCUCGGCCAAUCUUUGGUCUUCCCCAGGGAGCCAUUCCCGGAGGGAGGGGGGAACUGGGCGCGCGAGAAACCCAUGUGAAACGGUGCUGGUGCUUUAGGGUGCUUCGAAAACGUUCAUCCUGGACUAGCUGUUCUCAUGUGAAGGGUAAAUACCACUGGUGUUUUUUUUUUAAUCUGCAAGAGCCUCGCGAAGACCUUGGCGAGGAUUUGGAGAUACACCCUGAUAUUUUUUGGGGGGGGGGAAUUAAGGCACUAGGGCAGGGGUCCUCAAGCUUGACAAUUUUAAGACUUGUGGAAUUCUGGGAGUUGAAGUCCACAAGUCUUAAAGUUGCCAAGCUUGAGGACCCCUGCACUAAGGCACAAAUGCCUUCUUGAGCAGAACCAGACUCGUCCCGCCUUUCAGAUGUGGCAAAGUGCUGGUUCUUUUUGCCGAAGCUCGUGAUAGUUUCCUCGGAGGAGUAACUUGCAUUUCAAACAUUUGCAAGGCCCGAAGGGGUGAGGAGGCUUCACUUGCUUUUUAAUGUGCAUGCCCUUUUAAAACCCCAAUAACCCCUGCGGCUUUUCCCUAAUUUUCUCCCGAAAAGGAACUUUCCACUUUGUAAGUUUCCUAAAGAUUUAUCGUUGCUCGACCUAAAUGAUCCCUUUUAAAGAAAUCCUCCAUAAUGGGCAUACAUACCUGUGCUGACACGCAUAUGCCCUUUCAUCCCCAUCCGUGUCUGUCUCUUCCCCACCCAAUCCUGCCUUGUAACGAGACCCCACGUUAGGUGAAGAGAUCCAGUUAUACUUGACCGAAUGCAACCUGGCCUUCCGUCCUUUUGACCCUUCUUCAGAACUAUUGUUUCCUGGCACCUUAAAACGAGUUUACAUUUAUCGCAAUGCAUGCUCUUAUGUUGGUCUGCUGUCCCUCGUGGUUUUGCAGUAGAAAAAGUACAAAUGGGAAGUGGACCGUGGAAGCAGAGAAUCCUCUAUUUCAUGAGUGUUGGACCUUGUCGACUUGCUGGCUGGGGAAUUCUGGGAGAUGAAGUUCAGAAGUCUUCAGGCUGACGAGGUUCAGCACCCCUGUCCCAGUUAUAUGUUUUCUUUUUAAUGGCAUUAACACUGUACAAGUUGGUUAGUGGCCAAAGAGGAGUAGCAGAGAGCACUCAUUCGGCAAGCUUAUUGUGAUGCAUCAUCAGAUCAUGGAGGCCUAGGGAAUCCUCUUCGCUCCGCUUCUAAGCAGAAGUUGAUAUUUUGAUUGCCACCGAGACAGGACUGUGAUCAAAGCCACCAGGGCUGUUGCAAAGCUAUACACUCAGCCUCUUUCCCCAUUCCCUGUUUUCAGCUUGUGAGCCACUGUGCUCAGUUUGAACAGAGCUUUUUUUAAACAUCAGGUUUAAUGAAGCAAGAGUGGUAAUUAUAUGCUCCCCCCGAUUAGAAAUGAGCAUACAGGUUGAAAAUGCUUUGAUCCGAGGCGUUGGUCAGAGAUAAACUUUGCUUUUUUUUUUUCUCCACUAUUUGACAUAUCCAAGUCAUAGCUGGCAACUAGACGGUGUUCUCUGUUUUGACCCAAAACAUGCAACGGCCAAGCUCAAUCUUUCUGCCAUUGUUUGCUGCCAUGAUGAUCUUCCUAUUCUCUGCUUAGUGGGAGUUUUCUCUGCAGGCAGCUUUGAAAGAGCCCUCCUGCAAUAUCCCAGGACUACCUUUCCCCCACCUUGAGAAUAGGGCUUGCCGAAACAGCCUCUGUGCUGGUGCAUGGCGGACAGACCUCUCAGGGUGCAGAGGUCCUUUAGGACAGGUCAUCAACCUUGGCAAGCUGGCUGAGGAAUUCUGGGAGUUGAAGUCCACAAGUCUUAAAGUUGCCAAGGUUGACGACCUCUGCUUUAGGAGACCCCUGGAACGGUUGACCAGGCGCAAGUCUAGGUGUCCCCAGGGCAGUGCUUCAGAGCAGAGGAGAAAAGCCUGGCAAUCAAAGAUAUCUACAUGCGCGCGCGCGCACACACACACACACACACACACACACACACACACACACCCCUCACAGGUUAUAAAAACAGGAAAAGCCAAAGGAGCAAAUAACCCAGGAAGAGAUUGCAGUAUGUGAUUGUGAUACUGUUUUUCUUUCUCCCUUCUUUUCUUCCCUCUUCUUUUUCCCUUCCUUUUUUCUCUUUUCCUUUCCUUACUUUCCUACCUUCCAUCCUUUCCUUCCUUCCUUCCUUCCUUCCUUCCUUCCUUCCUUCCUUCCUUCCUUCCUUCCUUCCUAUUCUCACCAUAAGCCGAUCAAGAAUCUCUUUUUCCACUUCACUUCCACAUGUCUGGAUAUUUAGCAGGCUUGGUUGGAGAUAGCUUCUCUAAGCCCUUUGGCGGUUCAGACUACAGACUUCUCAUUUGGCACGGGGUCCUCCUCCUGUGGUGGCCGUAGCCACAUUUCCCAGAGCAAAAGGAGACCAUCUUCUAUGUAAUAAAACCCUAAUUCUCCUAAGGUCACACAGUAGUUGAGUUUUGCUUCACUUCGACAAAUCUCUGCAUAGUAUAAUCAAUUUCCCUGUAUGUAGACCAGGGUUUUUCAACCUUGGCAGCUUGAAGAUGGGUGGACUUCAAGCAAGGCCAACUGGGGAAUUAUGGGAGUUGAAGUCCAUCCAUCUUUAAGCCGCCAAGCUUGAUGUAGAUCAGGGGUCUUCAAACUUGGCCCUUUUAUGACUUGCGGACUUCAACUCCCAGAAUUCCUCAGGCAGCAUGCCUGGCUGAGGAAUCCUGGGAGUUGAAGUCCGCAAGUGAUGGUACUACAUCACCGCCACACGAUGAUGGAGGCUAAAAAUAACAAAGCACCACCCUAGCUGGAAUUGAUUGUCCAUCUUUCUAAUCAAAUCUGGUGACUCAGAUUCUUGCUUGGUGCUGUAGGACAAAGAGUCCUCAGAAAUGUCUCACAGCUGAGCCAACAUCCACCCCACCCCUUAAAGGCAUUCACUACAUCCUGACAGGUUCAUUCAGUAAUAAACUUGGGUCUUCAACGCUGAGGGAAAUGGUGAAAUCCCUUGAAUUCAGAUAUUAAUAGAUGUAGCCAGCCUAUAUUCCAACUAGAGGGAAAAAAAUAGCUCCACAUUUGCUGAAAUGUACCAAUUUGCAGCUAAUGGAGAAAGGAAGGGUUGCAAUAAUGAGCAUUUCUCUGAGACUGAGAACAGCUGAAGCUGGUUUAAGUCCUAGCUGCGAUGAUCAAGAAGGCUGUUCCAAGUUGGUCUUUGAUUUCUAGCAAGGCCCUUUCCUCUAGGUUAGUGUUUUUUUUUCCCAAACCUGGGCACUUUAAGAUGUGUGGACUUUAAAUUCCAGAAUUCUCCAGCCAACCGUGCUGGCUGGAGAAUUGAAGUCCCCCCAUCUUAAAAGUGCCCAGGUUUGAAAAACCCUAAUCCAGGGGUAGGCAACCUUGGCUCUUUUAUGACUUGCGGACUUCAACUCCCAGAAUUCCUGAGCCAACUAUGCUGAGGAGAAAGGGAGAGGUUUCCAUGCUGAGCCAUGCUGGCUCAGGAAUUCUGGGAGUUGAAGUCCACGAGUCAUAAAACAGCCAAGGUUGCCUACCCCUGCCCUAAUUCAUUUUAUGGCCUGCAUGAAUAGCAGAGAGGGUAAUAGAAUUUGGGAUAUUCCAAUUGAAUUAACAGACACAUUUAUUGAAACUGAUGGGGUGAAUGUCCCAGACAGGUAAUAAGCAAUGAAACCUGCCAACUCGCUUCCAUGAUUCAUAGCAAAACAUCUCCCAAAGAAAAACAAGAAUGUAAAAAAAAAAAAGUCAUGAAUGUAAUAGAACAAAACACCGUUUUUUCUUUGGGGAGUGCAACCCCCCCACUCAAUUUUUUUCAAGCUGUUGCACUGGACAUGGCCUCUUCUAUUAAUACAGCCACCCUCAUUCACUACUUUUGUCAGUCAAGCCCCCCCACCUUUCCAUCCCGUGUCCUUGGAAACUGUAUCCAAGGUUACAGCGGUUUUUUGCAGACUUCAUUAUGAUGUUCUCCUUUUUUCCUUGCUUCAAAUCUAGGUUUGCAGCUGGGGAAAGAGUGGCUUAGUUUGUUUGUUUGUUUCUUAAACCCAGUGUUUGUUUUUGUACUUUUACCAAAUUAUUUUGCUUAAACAUACACCCCAUUUGGGGGUGAAGAAAGCAAAAGCCCCCCUUGAUCCACAGUGAUUGCUUGCUUUUUUUUUUUGGUUAUGUAUUUCCUGCCCUAUCUAUAGCCAGUUUACAAUCUGCAUCUAUCCUUCACUUCCAUUCUCUUUGGGCACCACUGUUCCCCAAUUUCCUUGACUCCAUCUGAACCCCAGCCUAAUUUCUUAAAGAAUCACUGGAGUCAAAUGUGUUUGUUGUAGCCUAAUUUUGGGGUGGCGGGGAAAAUCAAGCUAGUUUUAAGCCUCAGUUGCAUUCCUGCAUUAAAGGACAAGCUUCCUAUUGGAUCAUUAGGCUUCCCUGGUCCAAACUUGAAAGGCUAGAAAAGGGGUACCGAACCCCAAUAGCCUGCAGCCCACACAGAAAGGCCAGCUGCUUGGGAACUAACACAUUUCCCAUGCAUUGUAAACAUUGGAGCACAUUGUGUACCUUUUUUGCUGAUGCUGAUGCCUUGUGGGCCUUCCAGGUGGACCCUGGCCUUUCUCACUCCUACGGCAGAAAUGGAAGAAAAUCUACUAGGCCCUAGUAGAUUUCCUUCCAUUUCUGCCGUAGGAGUGAGAGAAGGCAGCCUAACUGGAAUGACGCCCAACUCUACUGGAAAAACAACUGCAUUUUUUCUGCAUUUAAAUCCGUGCCAUUCAGAACAAUGCAAGAAGCUGUACUCAUGGAAUCCUUGUUCAUCUUAAAGUUGGUUUUACUUUGGGUUGAUCCCCUAUUUUCUCAUGUGUUUCAGGAUUUUCAACACAUUGAGUAACACCGAGUCAGAAGGGAGAAAUUAAUGCUUCCUUAGUGAGCCUUGUAGCAAAUAACAAAAGGGCAAAAGAGACUAGAAACUUCAAACUCUCUGUACAUUCAAUUUCUAUUCACUGUGUGCAAACAGCACCACUGCAGAAUUCAGUCUCAAGUGGAUGUCUCUUCCCUAAAGCAAAUUGAAAUAAAGCUGCUAUUUGUCUUUGACCAGUAGUGAUCAUAGGUUCCCUGCCUCUGUUAUUUAAUUUUCUUUUUGGAGACUUUUUUUUUUAAAAAAAAAAACUUGCUUGAAAAGAACGGCUGCAUCCAUCUCGAGAGAACUCUUUAACAAUUCUGUUCCUUUGGUAACCAUCUCAGAUGACCCCCCCCCCCAAAUGGUGUUUGUGGUUGGCAUGGUUGUGAUGUGAUGUCUCGCUUGAACUUUGCUAUGCGGUGGUGUUGAUACUUUUAAAAACCGAUAAUGAUUGUUUUUAUUUAUUAACUAUUUAUAUCUACAUGCACAGACAUGUAUAAGUAAAAUAAGACGUGCACGGAGGGAAAUACACUCUCUUUCAUGACCUAUUAUGCUGUAUUUGAUCCCUGUUAAAUUUUCUGACGCCUAAUAAAAUGCCGUUUCCUCUC